CCUCCCCUCCCCCGGGACAAUUGAACUCAUCUAUCUGCCCAGCAUGUUAUCGAUUACUGCUCUAUUCACUUUGCUGUUCAGCCUCGCGGCUGUCAAUGCUACUGCUGUCCCACGACGAGCUGAAGGGGGCGGUGCUGUCAGUCUCAGCAGCAGCAGCAGCAGCAGGAUCAGCAGAAGCGGUGGUGAAGCCUUGGAGAAACGAGGUAACGGCUGGCCAUUCGGCGGUGGCGGUUCGAAUGCUCCACCCCAGGCUAAUCCUCAAGUCGCUUCUGUCAACUUUGUCGGCAACCUUCAAGAUCCAAACCUUCAACGAGACUCGUGCGGUUCGACACGAUGGGGUGAUAGGUUAUUGGUCGUUUGUCGAGAUACAGAAUACCUCGUGAAUCAAGAUAUCGCUGCGGACGUGUACAACGGUACACAGGCUGGAUUCACUAGUUCUUCAGCCAGUUAUAUGGAUUUCGCCUUUCCAGGUGAUAAACCUACUGUUGAACCUUGGACACCGACAAAGUAUGUCAACUUUACGACUCAGGUCCCUCUAUACGGUUCCAACAGUCUGACCGUCCCAUUUUACCCUAAUCCACCUGGGGAAUGUGCAGAUAACGGUGCUGGAGCCUGUCCCGAUGGAUCAAGAUAUGCCCUCUGGCCAGAUUCACCACCGACAGUGACGUGCGAAUUGGGUGAUCUCAUCACUGCCUAUACAUGGGUCAAGAAUUCACAUAUCAAAGGACUCACUGCGCUCGUCCAAGAUCCUUCUGUGGCUCUGUACAAAGUCACGUCUGCGCCUCUUUGGGCCAAUCGCGAUACGUUGCCAUCUGUCGAGUUGGUCAAUGGACAAUUCUGGCAAGAGAAUCAAAUCCCUUUCGGCGAUUACGGGACCGUUAUCCAAGGUGAAUGGCUCUACCUCUAUGGUCAAACGUCGAACCAAUCCCAUAUUGCCGUCGCUCGAGUCCAUCCACAAGACGUCGAAGAUGUUUCCCAAUACAGUUACUAUCUUUCCGGUCAAUGGGGCUCGGAACAGCCAACGGGCGUCAAUGACACACGAGCAUGGCUCGAUCAUCCAGGCGCAGGAGGUCAAGGAACAUAUUAUUACGUCGAUGGUUGGCAAUCGUUCGUCUGGUUAGGUCAACUCACCAAUUCAGCCACACCGAAUCCUCGGAUAGCCGUUUCACCAGCAGCUGAAGGUCCUUGGACUGAAUCGGUUCAAAUCGAUGCAUUCCCCGGUGGAGACUACUUCUUUCCUGGAUACUCCAUCCAGGCUCAUCCAGGCAUCACUCCAUUGACGCUCGACAAGGAGAUAUACGUGUCGUACACAAAAGACGAUGGAUUUGGGCCGAACAACUUUGCAGUCUACAACACUCCCAUGUACCAUUUCACAUGGCAGUAAGUAGCUGGGAACACGAGAGGUGGGAGACAGACUUCUGAAUUAUAAACAAAAGCAUUCAAGGAGAAUGCAAUGCAUCGCCAUGCGUAUUGGG